UCUGGUCCCAAGAUGAGCGGUGAUGCAAGCAUAGAUGGAGGAGUAAGGGCACCUGACACUUCACUGAGGGUUGGAGGAGAUGUCAAAGCUCCCAGCUUUGGUGGUGGCAUCAGUGGAGGUAUUGGUGGAAGUGGUGGACUUGGCAUCAAGGGAGGAUUUUCAGGACCUGAUGUCGAUGUUUCUGGCCCCAAGAUUGAUCGUGAUGCAAGCGUAGGUGGAGGAGUAAAGGUACCAGAUGCCUCAUUGGGGGUUGGCGGAGAUGUCAAAGCUCCCAGCUUUGGUGGUGACAUUGGUGGUGGUGUUGGUGGAAGUGGUGGACUUGGCAUCAAGGGAGAAUUUUCAGGACCUGAUGUCGAUGUUUCUGGUCCCAAGAUUGAUCGUGAUGCAAGCAUAGCUGGAGGAGUAAAGGUACCAGAUGCCUCAUUGGAGGUUGGAGGAGAUGUCAAAGCUCCCAGCUUUGGUGGUGGCAUCAGUGGAGGUAUUGGUGGAAGUGGUGGACUUGGCAUCAAGGGAGGAAUUCCAGAACCUGAUGCCAAUGUUUCUGGUCCCAAGAUUGGCGGUGGUGUAAACAUUGGUGGAGAAGUAAAUGUACCAGAUGUCUCACUGGGUGCUGAAGGAGGUGUCAAGGCUUCUGGUAUUGAUGUUGGUGAGAUUUCUGGAACUGACGUUGAUGAUUCAGCUUUGUCAGGUGGUAUUGGCAUUACAGCAGAUGUGCCAGGUGGCAAGCCUGAUCUUAGUGGCAAAAAGGAUAAGGGAGGCUUCCACUUCAGACUUCCAAAGUUCAGAUUCCCUUCAUUCGGGUCAGGUGAUGCCAAAGCAAAAGGCAAAGUUUCUGUUAAAAGACCAGAGGGAAGACUGAGCACAGCUUCUGACUUUGACGUUGUUGGAGAUGCAGAUGUUGAGGCUCCAAAGCUUUCUGGUGAAGCUGAAGUUAAAGGGGCCGAUUUGGAUGUAAAAAAGUCUGUUGAUAUCGAUAUCAAGGCAAAGGGGCCUAGUGUGGAUAGUGAUGUUCAUGGGCCAUCUGGUUCCCUUGAUAUGGAUGCCCCCAAAGUUGAUCUUGAUGUGUCUGGCCAUAGCGAUGCCCAUGGUUCUGGCAAAGGGAAAUUCAAAUUGCCAUCUUUUGGUCUUCCAACUUUCAAAGGAAAAGGUUCCGGCAAAGCAUCAGCUGCUGGUGGUGGAGAAUUUGACAUGCCAGAUGUAGAUGUUGAAGGAGGUGUUGGUGGAGGUGUAAAUGCCACACUAGAUGUUGGAAGUGCUGAUGGGCCUGAUGUUGGGGCAAAGUUUAAAGGUCCUGAGGGAUCCGUUGAUGUCAAAGGUGGUGCAGAUGCUGAGCUGAAACUACCAAAAGGAUCAGGCGGUUUGUCUGGUUCACUGGACGUAGAUUCACCAGAGUAUGAUGGAAAAGCAAAAGGAAAAAAGAAGGGGUUCCACAUUGGUUUGCCAUCAUUCGGCAUGGGAGAAAAGGCAAGGGCUGAUGGUCCAGACGUGGAUAUGGAAGUCAACGCAGGUACCGAUAUAAAGACACCAGAUGCAGAUGUUGAUGUGAAUGUUGGAGUACCAGGUUCAAGUGUAUCUGGAGGGUUUGGAAUUGAUGCAGAUAUCAAUUUACCCAAAGGGGACAUUGGAGCAGGAUUUGGAGGUGCUGUUGGAGGACCAUCACUAUCAGGUGGCAUUUCUGCUCCAGAUGCUGAAGCAGAUGUAAGGCUACCAAAGGGCAAAGUGUCAGUUGAUGGCCCUGAUCUGGAUGGAUCACUUGCUAUUGGCGGAAAUGUGAAAGGACCAGAGGGAUCAGUUGGGGUUAAAGGUCCAACUAUUGAUUUAGAAGGACCUCAUGUUGGUGGUGUAAAGAAAUCUGUUGAUGUUGAUAUUAAGACCUCAAAGCCUAAUGCAUCUGUUGACAUAGACGUUCCAAGUGGUGAAUUGGCAGCUGGAGGAGGGGUGUCUGGUUCUCUUGAUGUGGAUACACCUGGGGCAGACCUCAGCUUAGAUGGAAAGGUAUCUGGAAAAGGUAAAAAGUUCCGACUUCCUAGUUUCAACCUCCCAAGCUUUUCAAAGUUUAAGGGCAAGGGCAAAGGUGACAUUGAUGUGCCAGACGUGGAUUUGGAAGUUGAAGGUGGCACAGACGUAAAUCUGCCUGAAGGUGAAGCCUCAGUUGGUGGAGAUGUUCGAGGAAGAGUUGAUUUGGAUGCUCCUGGAGUAAAAGGGGAUCUUAAAGUAGAUACACCAGGCACAGAUGCAGAUUUGUCUCUUGAUGGCAAAGGUUCAAAGAAAAAAGCGGGGUUUGGAUUUCAUUUACCAUCAUUCAAUUUUGGAUUUUCUGGCCCCAAGCACAAGCAUGGCAAAGUAUCCGGAGCCAUCCCAGAUACUGAGGUAAAGGGUGAUACACAUGUUGACGUUGGAGGUGGAGUUGCUGGUGAUAUUAAAGGCCCCUCGCUUGAUGGAAAGGGAAAUCUGGAUGUUAGUGGAGAGUUGGACAUUGGAGGAGAUGUGAAUGGUCCAAAAGUAUCAGGCCCUGAUUUUGACUUGCAUGUAGGUGGAGGUGCUGCAGGAAAAGUGGAGCUGCCUGAAGGAGAUGCCUCACUUUCUGUCCAGGGACCAAAGAUUAAAGGUGGCUUGGAUGUUGAUGUCGAUGGCAAAGCAUCUAAACCAAAUGUUGACUUGUCAGGAAAGGCACCACAUGUAUCCAUUCAAAAUGGUGUUGAAACACCUGAUGCAGAAGUUGAUUUGGCUCUUGAUGGGAAAAAAAGCCACAAAAAGAAGAAAGGUGGAGGAUUUCACUUGCCAUCAUUUGGUUUUGGCUUUAAAGGAAAAGGAGAUGGAAGCAGCUCUAGUGAUUCAGAGUCUGAUGAUGGCAAAGGUAGGAUUGGCCUAGGAGGUGGCAUCAAAGGCCCCAAAGUUAAAGGUGGUGUUGGUGGGCAAUUAAAAGGCCCCCAAAUAUCUGGUGACAUAGAGGCUCCAGAUGCUGAUGUGACCGGUGGAGCUGGCAUUGGUAUUGAUUUAGCAGGCGGCAUUGAUCUCCCCAAAGGAGAUGUAGAUGUGGAUGUCAACCUACCGCAGGGUGGUAUCAAGGGCCCAGAAGUGGGAGAUGCAAGUGUGAAAUUGAAUGGCCCAGAAAUUUCUGGAGACAUAGAAGGCCCAGAUGCUGAUGUAAGGGGCAUUGGUGGCUUUGGUAUUGGGAUGUCUGGUGGCAUUGAUAUCCCCAAAGGUGAUGUGGAUGUAAACUUACCUAAGGGCUCUGUUGGCAUCAAGGGUCCUGACCUUGGUGGGGUUACCGAAUCCCUGGAUGUUGAUGUUAAAACCACAAAACCAGAUGCAGGUGUUUCUGUUGAGAUUCCAAGUGGCAAGGCUGGAAUAGAUACCGAUGUUGACAUGGAUGCAUAUGUGGAUGGAGACGUUGACCUAAGAGGCAAUAUUGGUGGAUCUGGGAAGAAAAAGGGCCGAUUCCACAUGCCCUCAAUUAACAUGCCCUCCAUACACUUACCCAAGGGUAAAGGCAAAGGACAUGGAGAUGUUGACAUAGAUGGAGAACUCAAGAUCGAAGGGGAGGUGAAAGGUCCAAAGGCAUCUGGCCCUGAUGUUGACUUGAAUGUUGGUAGAGAUGCUGGAGGACAAGUACAGCUACCUGAAGGAGAUACCUCAGUCUCCAUUGGAGGACCGAAGAUUGGAGGAGGUGUAGGUGUUGAAUUUGACGGCGAAGCAUCUAAACCCAACAUAGACAUGUCAGGUAAAGUUCCAGAUGCAUCAAUUGGAGGAAGUGUCGAUGCUCCUGAUAUUAACGUCAGUUUGUCUGGUAGCGGCAAAAAAAAGAGCCCCAAAAAGAAAGGUGGAGGAUUUCACAUGCCAUCAUUUGGCUUUGGCUUCAAAGGAAAGAGAGAUGGAAGCAGCAGCUCCAGUGAUUCAGAAUCUGAUGAUGGCAAGGGUGGAAUUGGCCUGAGAGGUGGCAUCAAAGGUCCAAAAGUCAAAGGUGAUGCUGGAGGGAAACUGAAAGGUCCAGAAAUAUCGGGUGAUUUAGAAGGACCAGAUGUAGAUGUGAGGGGUGGUGCUGGCAUUGACAUCAAUGUGGCAGGUGGGAUUGAUACUUCAAAAGGAGAUGCUGGUUGGAAACUGAAAGGCCCAGAUAUGUCAAGAGACAUGAAAGGACCAAAUGCUGAUGUGAAGGGCGGUGCCGGCUUCGGCAUUGGUGUGUCAGGUGGCAUUGAUGCCCCCAAAGGUGAUGCAGAUAUAAGCCUACCAAAAGCUUCUGUUGACAUUGCAGGCCCAGACCUUGGUGGGGUGAGCAAAUCCUUGGACAUAGAUGUCAAAGCUUCAAAACCAGAUGCUGCUAUUUCUGUUGAUCUUCCAAGUGGAAAGCUUUCAGGAGAUGUUGGUGUAGGCGGAGAUAUUGAUGCCGAUUUUGACUUGGGAGGCAAACGUAAAGGAUCUGGAAAGAAAAAGGGCCGAUUCCACAUGCCCUCAAUCAACAUGCCCUCCAUACACUUGCCAAAGGGUAAAGGCAAAGGACAUGGUGAUGUCGACAUAGAUGGAGAACUCAAGAUUGAAGGGGAUGUAAAAGGUCCAAAGGUAUCUGGUCCUGAUGUUGGCUUGAAUAUUGGUGGAGGUGCUGGAGGAAAAGUAGAGCUACCUGAAGGAGAUGCCACAGUCUCCAUUGGAGGACCGAAGACUGGAGGAGGUGUAGGUCUUGACAUUGAUGGCAAAGCAUCUAAACCCGACAUACAUGUAUCAGAUAAAGGUCCAGAUGCAUCGAUUGGAGGAAUUGUCAAUGCUCCUGAUGUUGAUGUAAAUUUGUCUCUUAGUGGCAAAAAGAAGAGCCCGAAAAAGAAAAAAGGUGGAGGAUUUCAUUUGCCAUCAUUUGGUUUUGGUUUCAAAGGAAAGGGGGAUGGAAGUAGCUCCAGUGAUUCAGAAUCUGAUGAUGGCAAGGGAGGCACUGGCUUGAAAGGUGGCAUCAAAGGCCCAAAAGUGAAAGGUAGUGCUGGUGGGAAAGUAAAAGGCCCAAAUAUUUCUGGAGACUUGAAAGGUCCAGAUGUUGAUGUGAAGGGUGGUGCCGGCUUUGGCAUUGGCGUGUCAGGUGGCAUUGAUACCCCCAAAGGUGAUGCAGAUGUAGAUACAAGCCUACCGAAGGUUUCUGUUGACAUACCUAGCCCAGACUUUGGAGUGAGCAAAUCCUUAGAUGUAGAUGUCAAAACUUCAAAACCAGAUGCUGAUGUUUCUGUUGAUGUUCCAAGUGGAAAGCUUUCUGGAGAUGUUGAUGUAGGUGGAGAUAUUGAUGCCGAUUUUAACUUGGGAGGCAAACGUAAAGGAUCUGGAAAGAAAAAGGGUCGAUUCCACAUGCCCUCAAUCAACGUCCCCUCCAUACACUUACCCAAGGGUAAAGGCAAAGGACAUGGUGAUGUCGACAUAGAUGGAGAACUCAAGAUCGAAGGGGAUGUAAAAGGUCCAAAGGUAUCUGGUCCUGAUGUUGACUUGAAUGUUGGUGGAGAUGCUGGAGGUAAAGUAGAAAUACCUGAAGGAGAUGCCGCAGUCUCCAUUGGAGGACCGAAGAUUGGAGGAGGUGUAGGUGUUGAAUUUGAUGGCAAAGCUUCUGAACCUGACAUUGACAUGUCAGGUAAAAUUCCAGUUGCAUCUAUAGGAGGAAGUGUCGAUGCUCCUGGUAUUGAUGUCAGUUUGUCUGGUAGCGGCAAAAAGAAGAGCCCCAAAAAGAAAACAGGUGGAGGAUUUCACAUGCCAUCAUUUGGCUUUGGCUUCAAAGGAAAGAGAGAUGGAAGCAGCAGCUCCAGUGAUUCAGAAUCUGAUGAUGGCAAGGGUGGAAUUGGCCUGAGAGGUGGCAUCAAAGGUCCAAAAGUCAAAGGUGAUGCUGGAGGGAAACUGAAAGGUCCAGAAAUAUCGGGUGAUUUAGAAGGACCAGAUGUAGAUGUGAGGGGUGGUGCUGGCAUUGACAUCAAUGUGGCAGGUGGGAUUGAUACUUCAAAAGGAGAUGCUGGUUGGAAACUGAAAGGCCCAGAUAUGUCAGGAGACAUGAAAGGACCAAAUGCUGAUGUGAAGGGCGGUGCUGGCUUCGGCAUCGAUGUGUCAGGUGGCAUUGAUGCCCCCAAAGGUGAUGCAGAUAUAAGCCUACCAAAAGCUUCUGUUGACAUUGCAGGCCCAGACCUUGGUGGGGUGAGCAAAUCCUUGGACUUGGAUGUUAAAGCUUCGAAACCAGAUGCUGAUAUUUCUGUUGAUCUUCCAAGCGGAAAGAUUUCAGAUGUUGAUGUGGGUGGAGAUAUUGAUGCCGAUUUUGACUUGGGGGGCAAACGUAAAGGAUCUGGGAAGAAAAAGGGCCGAUUCCACAUGCCCUCAAUCAACGUCCCCUCCAUACACUUACCCAAGGGUAAAGGCAAAGGACAUGGUGAUGUCGACGUAGAUGGAGAACUCAAGAUCGAAGGGGAUGUAAAAGGUCCAAAGGUAUCUGGUCCUGAUGUUGACUUGAAUAUUGGUGGAGGUGCUGGAGGAAAAGUAGAACUGCCUGAAGGAGAUGCCUCACUUUCCAUCGAAGGUCCGAAGAUUGGAGGUGUAGGUGUUGACAUUGAUGGCAAAGCAUCUAAACCUGACAUAGACAUGUCAGGUAAAGGUCCAGAUGCAUCUAUAGGAGGAAGUGUCAAUAUUCCUGAAGUUGAUGUCAGUUUGUCUGCUAGCGGCAAAAAGAAGAGCCCCAAAAAGAAAAAAGGUGGAGGAUUUCACAUGCCAUCAUUUGGCUUUGGCUUUAAAGGAAAGGGAGACGGAAGCAGCUCUAGUGAUUCGGAGUCUGAUGAUGGCAAGGGAGGCAUUGGCCUGAGAGGUGGCAUCAAGGGGCCAAAAGUCAAAGGUGAUGCUGGAGGGAAACUGAAAGGUCCAGAAAUAUCUGGAGAUGUUCAAGGCCCAGAUGUAGACAAGAAGGGUGGUGCUGGCAUUGGUAUCGGUGUGUCUGGUAGCAUUGAUGUCCCUAAAAGUGGUGCAGAAGUAGAUGUAAACCUACCAAAGACUUCUAUCAACAUUGAAGGCCCUGACCUAGGGGGAGUGGCAAAGGCUUUAGAUGUUGACGUUAAGACUCCAAAACCUGAAGGUGGAGUUUCAGUUGAUCUACCAAGUGGUAAACUCUCUAGCCCUGAUGCUUCCUUAAAUGUUGAAACACCAGAUGCAUCCCUUGAUGCUGAGAUUGAUGGCAACAUUAGUUUUGGUGGAAAAGGUAAAGGAUCUGGCAAAAAGAAGAAAGGUUUUCACAUGCCAUCUUUUGGGUUACCAAAGAUGAAAGGAGGAAAAGGAGACUAUGACCUCAAUCAAGGUGGGAACAUCGAUGUUGGUGCUGAAGGAAAAUUCAAACCUACUGGUGGCAGUGCUGGCGUAUCUCUUGAUGGUGAGUUGGAGGUAAAAAAACCUGAUGCUGACAUUUCAGUGGAUCAGCCAAGUGGACCAAGUGUUAAAGCAGACUUUGAUGGCAAAGCUGACAUAGACUUGCACAGAGAUGAUAAAAAGAGAGGGUCUGGGAAACGGGGCAGCUUUGGCAUGCCUUCUAUACACUUUGGCAAGUCUAAACAUAAAGUCUCUGGAGAUGCAGAUGAAAAUGUUGAUGCCUCGCCACCAAAGGUGUCAGGAAGUGUAGAUGUAAAGGGGAAAGGCAGCCCAAAGAAAAAGAAGGGCAAAUUUGGAUUUGGCUUAGGUGGUAAAAAGGAUGGAGGACUGGAUGUGAGUGCAGGUGGCGAUAUUGUUACCCCAAGUGUUGACAUUGAGGCAAAAGCUGCAAAACCUGAUGCCUCAAUCUCAGAUGGUGGGACCAUUAGUGGUGUUGAUGUUGCAGCACCCAAACCUGAUGGAUCCUUCUUUGCAGGUGGAGAUAUUGGUGGAGGAGUUGAUGGAGAUGAAAGACUACAUGCAAAUGUGGCAGUACCAAAACCAGAUGUUUCUCUGGGUGGAGGAAUAGACAUAAGUGGUGGAGAUGGAAAAAUUAAAGUUCCGGAUGUUGGAUUAAAUAUUGACAAGAAGGGAAAACCAAAAAAGCCAAAAGGGAAGAAGAAAGGAGGCUUUAGUUUUGGAUUUGGAGGAAAGGGAGAUGGGACUUCAAGCAGCAGUUCCAGUUCCUCAGAAUCAGACCAAGAAGGAAAAGGUGGUUUUAAAGUCAAAAUGCCAAGUUUUGGAUUUUCAGGCAAGCCAAAAGCACCUGGUGUUUCUGUAGAAGGAGGAAUUGCUGGAGAUAUCACUGGUUCUGGAGAUGGGAACAUUGGUUUGGAUGUUGACAGGCCUGAAGUCCCUGCAGUAGUUGGAAAUAUAGAUGGUGGCCAUGCUGAUAGCAUCGGCAUUGGUGGAGACGUUGGAAGUGGAAAAAUUGGUGUGGACGUCUCAACACCUAAGCCGGAUGCCUCACUAUCAGUAGAUGGAGGACUUGAUGGAAGGGGAGGUGUUGGUGGAGGAUUUGGUCUUGGUGGGGGGCUUGGUGGAUUUGGAGAUGGAAAGGUGGAUAUCAAUGUCUCGGCACCCAAGCCAGAUACCUCAUUCUCCGUAGGAGGACUAAAUGGAAGUGGGAGUGUUGGAGGAGGUAUUGGUGGAGGCCUCGGUGGAAUUGGAGAUCAAAAAGUGGAUAUAGAUGUCUCAGCACCUAAACCAGAUGCCUCAUUCUCAGUAGGAGGACUAAAUGGAAGUGGGAGUGUUGGAGGAGGUAUUGGUGGAAGCCUCAGUGGAAUUGGAGAUCAAAAAGUGGAUGUAGAUGUUUCAGCACCUAAACCAGAUGCCACAUUCUCAGUAGGCGGAGGACUUGGUCUUGGUGGGGGUCUUGGUGGAACUGGAAAUGGAAAACUGGAUGUGGAUGCCUCUGCACCAAAACCAGAUGCCUCAUUCUCGGUAGGUGGAGGACUAGAUGGAAGUGGGAAUGUUGGCGGAGGACUUGGUCUUGGUGGGGGCCUUGGUGGAAUUGGAGAUAGUAAAGCGGACGUAAAUGUCUCAGCACCUAAACCAGAUGCUUCACUUACAGUAGAGGGAGGUAAGGGUGUUGCCGGAGGGCUUGGCGGGAGCUUUGGAGGAGGUAUUGGUGCAGGCCUCAGCGGAAUUGGAGAUGGAAAACUGGGUGUAGAUGUCUCGAUACCUAAACCAGAUGCCUCACUGUCGGUAGACGGAGGACUAGAUGGAAGUGGGAAUGUUGGUGGAGGACUUGGACUUGGUGAGGGCCUUGGUGGGGGCCUUGGUGGAAUUGGAGAUGGUAAAGUGAACGUAGAUGUCUCAACACCGAAACCAGAUAUCUCACUUACAGAAGAGGGAGGUAAGGGUGUUGGCAGAGGACUUGGAGGAGGUAUUGGUGGGGGCCUUGGCGGAGGUAUUGGUGGAGACCUCGGCGGAAUUGGAGAUGGAAAAGUGGAUGUGGAUGUCUCAGCACCUACACCAGAUGCCUCACUCUCAGUAGGUGGACUAGGUGGUGGAGGCAUUGGUCUUGGCGGAGGCCUUGGUGGUAUUGGAGAUGGAAAACUUAAUGUAGAUGUUUCAGCACCUGAUCCCCAAGGUUCACUCUCUCUUACUGGACCUGAUGUAAGUGGAGAUGGCAUCGCCAGUUUUGGUGGAGGCAUUGGUGGUGGUGCUGGUGGAAGCUUUGGAGUUGGAGAUAUUGAUGUGGAUGCUCAAGUUCCAAAGCCAGACGGAUCAUUGGCUAUAGGUGGAGAGCAGAAUUUGGGUGGUGGCAGAUUUGGUGGAGGUUUUGAAGGUGAUGUAGUUAAACCUGAAGCUGAUAUCAGUGCAAAAGCAACUAAACCAGGGUUCAUUUCAUCUGGUGGAGGUUUUGGUGGAGGUCUUGAAAUUGGAGGUGAUGUAAAAGGUGGCGUAGGUGGAGAUGUUGAUGGAUCUUUUGACGUAGCAAAGCCUGAUGUUGGUGGGAAUCUUGAUGGAAGUGGUAGUCUAUCCCUUGGUGGAAGCCUUGAUACAGGUGGAGGUGGGGAUGGCAAGAUAGAAUGCCAAAUACCAGAUGUUGGAUUGAAGCUUGGCAAGAAAGGGAAACCCAGAAAACCCAAGGGAAAAAAGAAAGGAGGGUUUGGUUUUGGAUUUGGGAGAAAGGAUGAGAAAUCAAGCAGCAGUUCAAGCAGCAGUUCAUCUAGUUCUUCAGAGUCUGAUGGUGAGGGUAAGGAAGGAUUUAAAAUCAAAUUGCCUUCAUUUGGAUUUUCAAGCAAAGCCAAAGGACCUGAUGAUGUAGCUGCUGAUGGAAAACUUGAAUUGAAUGUUGAAGCCCCCAAACCAAGUGGUUCAAUUUCUGUAGGCGGAGGUUUGGAUGCAGGUGGUGACAUUGGUGGAGGCCUUGGAGGAGGUAUUGGUGGAAUUGGAGAUGAAAAAAUAGAUGUUGAUGCUGCAGCCCCCGAACCAGAUGGCUCAAUUUCUGUAGGUGGAGGACUGGAUGCAGGUGCUGAAAUUGGUGGAGGCCUUGGAGGAGGUAUUGGUGGAAUUGGAGAUGGGAAAAUAGAUAUGGAUGCUUCAGCCCCCAAACCAGAUGGUUCAAUUUCUGUAGGCGGAGGACUGAAUGCAGGUGGUGACAUUGGUGGAGGCCUUGGAGGAGGUAUUGGUGGAAUUGGAGAAGGGAAAAUAGAUGUAGAUGUCGCAGCCCCCCAACAAGAUGCUUCACUCUCUGUAGGUGGAGGACUGGGUGUAGGUGGUAUCGGUAGAGGCCUUGGAGGAGAUAUUGGUGGAAAUGGAGACAGAAGAAUAGAUGUAGACAUUGUAUCUCCCAAACCAGGACUGGAUGUAGGUGGUGAUGUAAGUGGGGGAUUUGGAUUUGGUGGAGGUCUUGGAGGAGGAGUUGCUUCAGCACUUGGCGGAAUUGUUGAUGGGAAGGUAGACGUUGCAGCACCAGAACCAGUGGGUUCACUAUCUGUAGGUGGAGUGGAUGUGGACACUGGAGAUGUUAGUGGAGGACUAGAGAUUGGUGGAGGCCUAGGAGGUAGUAUAGGUGGCUUUGGGGAUGGAAAAAUUGAUGUAGAUGUUUCAGCUCCCAAGCCAGAAGGUUUAUUGUCCACAGGUGGGGGACUUGAUGUAACUGGUGAUGUAGGUGGAACUAGAGAUGGAAGAAUUGGUGUGGAUGUUGAUGUACCGAAGCCUGAUGGUUCACUUUCUGUGGGCGGACUAGACAUUGGCAGUGCCAGCCUUGGUGGAAGCAGUGGAGGACUCAGUGGGGAUGGAGUGCAACCUGAUGUUCCAUCUGUGGCUGGAGGAUUUGGCAUUGGUGGUGGUUCGGAUGGAAGAAUUGGAGCUGAUCUUAGUGCAGGGUUUGGCAGUGAUGUUAUUAAGCCCAAAGUUGACCUGGAUGUUAAAGCAGCUAAACCAGAGGGUUCGUUAGGUGGAGAUAUGGGUGGUGCUGUGAGUGGUGGCCUUGAUAUUAGCGGUGGUCUUAGUGGAGAUGUUGACACUAAUGUUGGUGCUACAAAACCAGAUGUGUCAUCAGGGGGUGAUGCAGGUGUUGAUUUAUCUGGCUCAGCGAAUGUGGACAUACCUAAAGUCUCUGGUUCUGCUGGUGGUAAAGCAAAGCGGAAGAAGAGAGGAAAGGGCAAGAAGAAAAAGGAGAGUGAGGGAUCAUCUGUUGAUGGUGGUGUUUCUGUGGAUCUACCAAGUGCAGACAUUGGAAUAGGGGGUGGAGUUGGCGGUGAAGUUGAUGUCGACAAAGCUGCUUCUGGAGGACUUUCGGUUAAACUGCCAGAAAUGUCGGGCUCAGUAGCAGGCAAAGCUGAUGUCGAUGUCAAAGCAGAAGGAAAGGCCCGCCCAAAAAAGAAAAAGAAGGAAAAGAAAGGAUUCUUCAGUUCAAUAGGUUUUUCCAAAGAUUCAAGUUCCAGCUCCAGCUCCAGCUCCAGCUCCAGCUCUAGCUCAUCCUCAGACUCUGAUGAAGGCAUUGGCUCCAAAAUUAUGUCAACAUUGGGAUUUGGCAAAAAGGACUCAAGUGACUCUGACAAUCCCAAUUCAAACAACAACAACAGCAACACACAGCAGCAAGAGACGGAGUCGAGGCACAGUAUUGUAGAACUCAAUGUGAACAAUAAUGCAAAUGGAGAUGAUGCAGAUGAUUUGGCGGCACAUGCCAAAGAACAUUCCCACUCCAAGGAAAAGAAGUCUUUGGGGAAGUUUUUCAGCCGCAGAGCUCGUCAACACAUUGUACAAAUACCAGAUGAAGGCAAUGCUGAUGAAGACUUAGGACCCCGUGCUGAACACCCAUCACACUCCAGUAGGUCUGAUGUAAAUGAUGUUAACCGCAUGUCGUCCAACAGGGGUGACAGACUGCAUGCACACCACACGCAACAGAAAAAAAUGUCAAAAUCUGAGAGCCAGAGGGAGGGCAAGGUGGGAACAUUAGGCAAGCUGUUCGGGAAGAAAAAGACCAAGAAAGGCACAGAAAUCCCUCAAGAAACUUGGGAUAUUUCUCCACCAGCAAGAGUCAGUAGAUGUGAUAGUGUUUCUGCAAAAAGCCCUGAAGGUGUAGAUAUAUCUGUUAGCAAUAGCAGUCCUGUUGCUUACUCCCCUGCAGAAUUUUUGCCAGGGCCUAGGGUUUCAGUUGACAGUAACUCUUCAAAUUCGUCUAGGUCUGGUACCAAAAAACGGGCAGCCCCGCCCCCGCCCUCCAUAAAAAUUUCACCUCAAGAACACUUACUAAAAGGUGAUGUCCCUGGGUCUCCAGUGUCUGAGCAUUCUUUAAAAUCAUUUUCAUCUUCAUCUUCGAUAGAAGUGCCUCCAGUUCAUGGUAGAAAAGCUUUCACCUCCACCCAACCUUUUGAAUCAAAAGACAAAAGGCACAGCACAUUUUCAUUGCCAGACAUGUACUCCCACAAAAAAGAUACCCAUGGCCAAGCUGCCUCACUUGAAGGAAGUCGGGGCCCACUUCUUUUAUCCCAAAUGUCUAACAUUUCCACGUCUAGCCUUCUGGCUGAGCGUGGUAUCAUGUAUUCAAGUAUUGAAGACCUGAACAAAGUUGCAGAAGCAGUCAAGGAGAUGCCACUACCACCAGGAGCUCCCCCUCCAAAACCAAAGCGCUCUGCAUCACCCAGGAUUGUUGAAGAAUUGGAGGCAAACCGAAAGAAGCCUCUUUUCCCCACGGAAGGAGAGUGUGUGGAUGAAAGCAGCAUGGAAACCGAACAGGAGACAUCCGUGUCUGAGCAAAUUCAGUUAGAGAAUGCAUCUCUUUCCAAUGAGACAGCUGAUCCAAAAGUAAUUGACAAAUCAUGUGAGGAUAAUCCUCAAACUAAGGAGGAACCCUCUAAACUGUCACCCAAAGAGGAAGAACAAAUGACAAAGUUCAAGCAAAUUUAUCUGUUUGAUUCAGACAUUAUGUUUGCACCCCACAUGCAAACAGCAGACUCUGAAAAUGGCACUGAAGGUAUUGGUGAUAAAAAAAUGGAAGACUCUCCAAGUCUACCUACUAGCAGCAUUUCAGUGGAAGCAUGCAGUGAGCCACAAGAAAACAUUUUAUCCUUAGAGCGGAAGCCCUCGCAGUCACCGUCUACAGAUCUCUUCUGUGAAGAUACCCCUACUGAGGAUCCAGAAAAACUCAAACAGUACAUUGAUAAUGAUGAUAUUCCUUUCUCAGAAAAUGAUUUGCCCUCAGGGCACUCCCACAGAGAGCCACCAGUGAUCCCCGACCUUUCAGUAGUCAGGCAAAUGGCUAAGGAGGCUAUUCUAUCCAAUCAUGAGAAGUCUUCUGAAAUUAAAGCAAUCCUCAAGAGAUCCAUGGCACGGAUGAUGGGGGUCGAUUUCCCUAUCAAGUCAAGUUCUGGAACAACUGUUGAGGGGGAGACUUUCAGAGAGGAGCAGAAAGACAUUGAAAGUCAUUAUGACUCAAAUGGAGCGGAAGAAGGGUACCCAUCUUCUUCCGAUAUUUUGGACAAGUCGACUUGCAUUGUUGAACUGCCCCAUGAUGGUGAAAAUGUCUCAUCUGUCGAAGUAACUGAGACCCUAUUGGACAAUACUUCUAGCAGAUGUAGAGAGGAAGAGAGUGAUUCGGACAGAUUAAGAUCAUCCUGGGUAGCAGAAGAUGAAGCAGAUGCUGUGGAACAGCAGGCAAAACAAGAAAAAGUGGAGAGAGAAGCUGAUGAAAUUAAAACUUCAAAAAAGGGUGAAAGUGAACAUAGCCCAGCUGAGUUUGCUGAAAUUAAAACAGCCACUAAUAAAAUUGAAGAUCACCAUGUUGACAAACUUAAAGAUCAAAAUGCAAAUACAGAAAAGACACUUCAGAAUGAAACAGAUAGAAAGACGGACAAGCCUCUGACCAGGUCAAAUUCGUUGCAAAAGAAGAAAAGUUGUGAUCAUGUGGUGUCUAAAUCAUUUAAUGCAGUGUCAAGAUCCAAAUCAUUUGGUGCAGUAGAGUGGAAAGAGGUUGUAGAAAGAGAUUAUGUAUCCGGGGGAAAUAAAGGAAAGUCUUUUGAUUUUGAAAGGUCAGAUGCUAAGGAUGAGCUUGAAAAACUGGCUUCAUUAAGUGUUGUGAAGGUUAUUCGGAAUAGGUUUGGUGGUGCGUUGUCUGGGGGCAGUGCUCAAAAACAGUCUGAUAAGCCAAGGAAGCAAAUCUCAGAACACCAAGCUGUACAAAGUUCAGCUGAUUCAGAUAAGGAAAAUCUGGAGUUCCUCCAAGCCCAGACUAAAAUGAGGAAGGUAAACAUUCCUGGCAGAACUUCGAUCUCAGAAACAAAAGAAAACCUCAACAAACCUCUUGAGGAAAGCACUACACACAGGGACAUUGCAUCACAGUUUAUCACCUCGACCAAAAGAGAUGACAAAGAGAACCUUGAGUUCUUGAAAGUGCAGACAAAACUGCGAAAAGUUGUUCUUCCUGAAAAGGCUGGGAUAGUGGAGCGGGAUCAAGCCUCGAGUCAGCUUGAAGUGGAAAACACACAUGCACAAGCAGUAUCCAAGUUUCCGUCACCACAGAAGCCAACACAAUCUCAGGCACCACUAACUUUUGCAGGUGUGGGUCGUGUUUUGUAUCAGAGCAAAGCAAUGACAUGGAAGAAGUCGACAGAAAGACUACCAAAGAAAGAGGAAGUUCCCAUCAAAAAGAAGGUUGAAGAUGAUGAUAAUCCAAUAAUAGCAAGUGUUAGUUCCUGGAAGGAAAAGCGGGCAAGGAAGAAGAGUACAGCUGCUGAUGAAUUUGAAGCAAGUCAGGAGAAGUUUGAGAAAGAACAGUCUAAAUCUGAGAAAGUGCAGUUGCUUGUCCAGGGUAAACCAAUAGAGCAUAUUCAUAUUAAAGAGACAGAAGUCCACCUCCCUGACAACCAACAGCAGCCAUUAAUGCCAGUACUGCAAGGUGUUGAUCUUCAUUCCCAGCAAAUGGAGCACUCUAGCAAACUUGAAGAAAAAGAUGUUGGUUUGGACAUAGGGAAAUCUGCAUGGCAAGAGCUGGAUGAUAACCCAUUUGAUGAACCACCAGCAUCAAUCAUUUCAACUGAGCAGAACAGAGAUCAGAAUGAGUUAAACAAAGCUGUAGUACCAGAAAUUGCUGUGAAACCUGAAGUUGAAAAGAAAAAGGAAAUGCAGCAACAGGUUACUGUACAAAAUGAGAACUCAAAACGAACAGAAUUAGGAGAUGAGGAAACAUACAUGAGACGUCGCAGAGAGGUCCGUGAAAGAACCAGAAACCUGCUCGCUAAAAUAAAGGUUACUAAAGCAUUACAGUCGCCUUCCGCAAGUGUUCAAACAUUCAGUGAUGAUACAGAAGUUCACCGAAGAGGGCAUGAUGAGGCAGUAAAAAUAAGGGAACACCGACGCCAUAUCAAAUCCACACCGAACAUUGAUGAAAGUUGGGGAAUGUUUGAAGGGUUGCCCAAGAAAUCUGAUGCUCAGCCAGAAAUCGGACCAGAAUCUCCAGACAGUCUGACUCAAGGUGUGGUUCUGAAAAAUGUAGAUGAAAAGGACAAAGUAAAUUCAGACAAAGCAGUCAAACAAUCGCCAACUCAGCAGCGAGUUACUAGAAAGGUUAAACGGAAGGCAUAUGCUCGCAGACCGGUUAGUGGGGAUCAUGACAGGCAUUCUGAAAGUUCUUCGGAAGGCCUUUCUGAAGAUGAAACUCCCAGACGACAGCACUUUAGUGGUCGUUUGGACUCUGGUUUUUCAGAUAUGGCAUCCCACUCUGAGAUUGACAGACACAGCCUCCCAUACAAAAGCCACCCAAGAAAAACAGUGGCAAAACCAAAACAGUCAAGCCCUCGAACGAGCCCCAAAGUCCACCCACAGAUGGGAGUGGUUGAUGAAUCAUCUUCAAAACAAGUUGCGGAGACUCCAACUGAUAUUAAAAAUGUCACAAUGCUGGACACAACAGAGCUGCAGAGAAUUAUCAUACAUCAGCAGGAAGAGAUGCAGCUCCUUCGUCAACAGAUGCAGGCGACUCAGCUGCAGGCGGCUCAGCUACAGGCCACUCAGUUACCGGCCACACAAAUGCAGAUGCAGCCAUCAUCUUUUCCAAUCACCAGUCAGUCCCAAUCUGGAAACUUAGGGCCUAUGAAUGUAACAGCCCCUCGUGUUCCCUCUGUGCCCUUCAUGUACUCUCACCCUAACAUGAUGAUGCCUGCCGUGCAGCAGCCAAUGUAUUAUCUACCCCAGGGGAUGCAGCCCCCUGGGGUGGGGAUGCAAGGUCCCGGUGUGCAGAUGCCAGGGGUUCUUCCAAUGGGCAACUUCUCACCCUAUGCACCUUUUCCUGUACAGGGGAUGUUACCGAUGCAGGCACAGCUGCCAACUAUGGGUGUGCAAGUACAAGGUAGUGUGACUCAGUAUCCUGCCACCAGCCACUUGCCGACAAUGACAACAACCGGGGGUCUGUACAGUACACUGGGCACACCUGAGCAGAAACACAGCGAGUAG